CCCCGGCUGUAUGUUCCCUUUAGUAAACCUGUUAUAUCUGCGAUAUGGCUUUCUGCCAUGUGACCUCUCCCAUUUUCACAGAUAGGCUAAACAAUGUCGGUGUGCAGUGUUUCAUACAAAAAAAAGCUGUCUGUGUUCCGCUACAAUCAAACCUGCUCGGCUGCUGCGCUGCAAAUGUAUAAAUGCUUUCGGUGUCAUGGAGGGAGAAAAUAAUGCUCCUGUUGCUGAUGUCCAUCCAACCUACUAGCUCUCUCUCCACCAUGACAUCCAGCAGAGGACUUUGGGAUUGACGCUGGGAUCACUCCCACUGAUGGCCUGGACUGGGUUUCAGCUGUCCUGCUGAAGCUAUGGGGAGCUGUUGGAGCUGUCUAUACAGAAACCCCAUCCAAGACAGCCAUCUUACAAAAUUCAAGGUGACCAAUGUGGAUGAUGAGGGGAAUGAGUUGGGCUCUGGGACCAUGGAGCUCACCCAGACCGAGCUCAUCCUGCACACACGGAAGAGGGACGCCAUCCGGUGGCCCUACCUGUGUCUGCGGCGCUACGGCUACGACUCCAACCUCUUCUCAUUCGAGAGUGGCCGGCGCUGCCAGACUGGACAGGGAAUCUUUGCGUUUAAAUGUUCUCGUGCGGAGGAGAUUUUCAACCUCCUCCAGGAGCUGAUGCAGUGCAACAGUAUCAAUGUGGUGGAGGAGCCUAUGAUCAUGACCGGCAGUGGACACGCACGAGAGAUAGACAUGCCUCGAACACCACAGACACCCAACACUCCAUCAUUCCCCGUCCAGGGUUUUCCCAAUGGGUAUCCGGGGUAUCCCAUGAGAGCUGAAUCCUCCCAGCCCUCUCUAACUGACGACCCCCAUGGCCACAGCCUCAUGGGCCUGGGUGACCAGGCUCACACCUAUAUGAAUACUGUUACUGUGGAUGGGGAACUCUCCAGUCGACACUGUGUACACUCUCUACCUGAGGUGCGGCCCACCUCCUUCAACGAGUCAACCCGAGGAGCCAUGUCUGUCGGGGGUCAAGGAGGUGGGCAGGCCAGCAUGCACUGCUGCCCCCUGGAGGAACAACGCAAGGAACCCCAGGUAUUCCUGCAGCCCUCCUCUCAGGAGGUCAAAUUCAUGCUGGGUCCCACCCCUGCACAGCGCCACCUGCUAGAGAGGGAGAGGCACGGGGGCCACAAUCCCCAUCUUAUGCGGCCUGUAGAGGGCGCCACAGGCUCAGAGACGGAGGGGGACAAGCCUCCUCUGCACUUGUGCAACUCCCACUCCUACCACCACCCUCACUAUCACCAUGUGAUGCACCGGCACCCCGGCCACGAGCACCAGGAGGGCUGCCAGGGCAGCCAGCUCACCUACGAGAAUAUCAAUGGCCUGAGGGGGGGGCGCCGGCUGAGACUCAGUCCCAGCAGCGUGUCCCAGUCUGUGGGCUCCAGCAGCAGCAGCAGCACCACCGGAGACAGUCACGCACAAUCACACCCACACCCCCUCCACCCGCACCCACACCCCCACGGCCCAUCCUCUCUACCCCCUCAGGGGUACCCCUGUGAGAGGGGCGCAGGGAUGGGCGGGGGUCACCGGCGGACAGCUCUGCUCAACUAUGAGAACCUGCCGUCGCUGCCGCCGGUGUGGGAGUACCGAGCCCUGCAGAGAGACGAGGAGCAGGACGAGGAUGACGAGGAACAGGAUGAGGAGGAGUACGAGGAAGAGGAGGAGGACUUUGAUGAGUACGAGUUUUCAGAGGGUCCCGGGACACCCAACGGGUACCACCAGGAUGGGCUGGGGGGGAUCCACCGUGACGCCCUGCAGAACUAUGUCAACACAGAGCAGGUCCAGGUCCAGCCCAGCCGGCUGCGACAUGCCUGCCUCCCGCACCCCCAGGCCUGCCACCCCCAGUCGGACCGUGGUGGACGAAUAUUCAGUUUUGAUUUCCGUAGGCGGCCGGGAGGAGGGUUUGGUCGGGGAGAGGGCUGUGAGCACGGUCAUAUGACCCCGUCGAGGCAGCUCAAUUACAUCCAGGUGGACCUUGAUGCAGAGCCGCCGUGCCAGGCACUCGGUGGGGGUGGAGGGGGAGCCCAGUCUCAGCCCCAGCCACUACAGCCACAGCACCAGCGCCUGCCGCCCCUCAAAUGUGGCCCCCAGCAGGCCCCACGGCGCAGUGAGUUCUACGCUGUGAUCGACCUGAAGAAGACAGCAGCCAUGUCUAACUUGCAGAAAGCCCUCCCCCGGGACGAUGGGACAUCGCGAAAGACUCGCCACAACAGCACAGACCUGCCUCUUUAGACGCAGUGAGAAGGAGGAGACAGAGAAAGAUGAAGGGAGGGAGUAGAGAGAGAGAAACAGGCUUGGUUGGACAGACAGCUAUAGGUAACUCAGCAGUACACUGGACCCCUCAAUCUCAUCCAGCCAUUCGCCUGUCCUGUCCUUUUCUGUCCUGUCCUGUCCUGUCCUUUUCUGUCCUGUCCUGUUCUGACCUGACCUGACCUGACCUGACCAGUUGGAUCAUAUACAGGUACCUAAUUAGAAAACUAACUGAAACCUAUCCGUGCAUAUUCCACUUGAUGGGGCAACAUUGGUUUGAAGUUGCCAUAUUAUUGUCGGUCACCUUCUGACUGUGGUGAGAUGCUGUCUGAGUUAGCAGCAGAAACCUUGGUCGUGGUUGGCUGGGUUUAUGGUUAAAGCCUUUAGCUGCCAUUGUUUAUGGUCCUCAUUCCAUUAUCAUUCAGUGUUGUUGUUUUAUUUAUUUUGAUGUCCCUGUUUACAAACAUGGACUACUAUCGAGUACAGGUUUACUAGACCAUAUUGUUAAAUUGACAGAACAUUUUCUGAUAUGAAAAGUAGUUUGUUAUUCCCACAAUUUUAUUCUAAUAAUGUGCAUUCUUCACCUCACAAUGACUUAUUUUGGCCCUGUGACUGGUAGAAAGUUGAUGAUAUAUAUUUAUAACUAUCUGCCCUCAGGAAUUAGUACAGAUCAGUACAGUUUGCACAUAAUCCUUUGGAAUUGUAAAGUCGUACAUCCUAUCGAAUAUUAUAUUUUGAGUUGUAAAAAAAAGACCCCAUAGCAGAUUUAUUUUAAAUUAAUAGAUUUUCUCUCUCCUCAAGAUUAAAUAUCAUACAUUUUUCAUGUUGAAAUUGAAUUUAAAAUUAAAAUAAUAGUAUACCUUCAUAGAAUGAUAGUGUAUUGAUAGAUGUUCAGCAUCCUCUAUUUCCCCAACCCCC